UUGUCUCACACGUCAAUUUCGUGAAUCCACAGUGAUUGUACCGCACCCAUUAAAGUUUUCCUUAAUACUUUUUGAUAAUUAAAACAGUACGUAGUAAAUAUAAUAUAGAAACAUGGGUGACCAUUUACCAGCUUGUGUCAUCGACGUCGGCACGGGGUACACCAAGCUGGGCUUUGCCGGCAACAAGGAACCGCAGUUUAUCAUUCCGUCAGCCAUAGCGAUAAAAGAAACUGCGAAAGUCGGUGACCAAAGCACUCGACGGAUGACUAAGGCCGUUGAGGAUUUAGAUUUCUUCAUCGGCGAUGAAGCAUUUGACGCCACGGGGUACUCGGUGAAGUAUCCCGUACGACAUGGUCUUGUUGAAGAUUGGGAUCUAAUGGAGCGUUACAUCGAACAGUGUAUCUUCAAAUACCUAAGGGCGGAGCCGGAAGAUCAUCAUUUCCUGCUCACUGAACCUCCACUAAACACUCCUGAGAACAGGGAGUACUUAGCUGAGAUUAUGUUUGAGUCAUUCAAUGUGCCUGGCUUGUAUAUAGCUGUUCAGGCUGUACUGGCCCUCGCGGCGUCGUGGAAGUCGCGAACAUCUGCAGAACGCACAUUCACUGGUAUUGUGGUUGACAGUGGAGAUGGUGUGACCCACAUUGUGCCUGUUGCUGAAGGAUAUGUCAUAGGAUCUUGUAUCAAGCAUAUACCUAUUGCAGGUAGAAACAUUACCUCAUUUAUUCAGUCAUUACUUCGUGAACGCGAAGUAGGUAUCCCACCGGAACAGAGCUUGGAGACUGCCAAAGCUAUUAAAGAGCGAUACAGUUACAUUUGCCCCGACAUAGCUAAAGAGUUUGCGAAAUAUGAUGCAGACCCCGGUAAAUGGAUGAAAAAAUACACUGGUAUUAAUGCUAUUACCAAGAAUCCAUUCUCAGUAGAUGUUGGAUAUGAAAGGUUCUUGGGACCUGAAAUAUUCUUCCACCCAGAGUUCUCUAAUGCUGACUUCACUGUUCCCCUAAAUGAGAUGGUUGAUGAGGUGAUUCAGUCAUGUCCUAUUGAUGUAAGGAGAGGCUUGUAUGGUAACAUUGUGCUGUCUGGUGGAUCAACAAUGUUCCGUGACUUUGGGAGGAGAUUACAGCGUGAUAUCAAGAGGACAGUGGAUGCUAGACUGAAGCUGUCUACCACUUUGUCAGAGGGCCGCAUCACACCUAAACCGGUUGAUGUGCAGGUCAUUUCUCACAACAUGCAGCGGUAUGCCGUCUGGUUUGGCGGCAGUAUGCUCGGCUCUACCCCUGAGUUCUAUCAAGUGUGUCACACAAAACAAGCAUACAUGGAGUAUGGCCCCAGUAUUUGCAGACACAACCCUGUAUUUGGCACCAUGACAUAAUUGUAUAGAAAUUCAUUGCCAGUAUUCAGUCAAUAAUGAAAAAGUUGACUAUUUUUAAGCAAUUAUUAUGAAUUUAUAAUUUUAAGAUUUAUUUUACUUUAAUAGAGACUUACUAAGUAUGCCUAUUUUAUAAGUGUAACAAAAUGUUGCUACAUCAAUAUUAGAGCAUAGUUUUUGUAUAAUAACAUUAAUUCCAACAUUAUGUUUAUGAUUAAUACUAAUAUUACUAAAGUAUUGAAAUUCAUGUAAAAUCUAAUUACUUGGCUGGGUUUAUUGUAAUUAAAAGGCAUUUCAGAUUGCAUUCCAGCUUUUUACCAAAUAUAGAGUCUUGAUAAUAAAGUCAUUGUCUUUU